UUUCUUCUUUUUACUUUUUUUUUUGGCUGUAUGUAAUCUGAAUUUUGUUUAUUAGUAUAUAUUUUUAUUAUUUUGUUUUUUCUUAUAGUAUAUUUUUUUACUUAAUGGCACAAAAAAGAGAUCCAUCUUGGGCGUAUGGAAUUGCAAUAGGCAAUACUAACACACAAAUAAAAUGUAUUUUUUGCGACAAUAUUUAUAACGGUGGAAUAUUUCGUCACAAAAAACAUCUUAUUGGUGGUUACAAAGAUGUCAUUGUAUGUCCAAAAGUACCGAAUGUUGUUAAGGAAGAAAUGAAGGAGUACAUGAAAAAAAAAAAUGAGCUUAAGACUCAAACAAGGCAUGAUGCAGCAAUGGUUGAUCUUGUUGAUGAUGAUCAAACUGAGAAUGAUGAAAUUGAAGUGAAUAUGCCAAUGGGGCCUCCUUCAAAAUACCAAAGGAAGUCUUCAACUAGCAGAAGUGGAUCAUCCACCGCUAGCAAUGUUAAAGGUUCUAUGGAUAUCUAUUUCCCACAACUACCCAAUGAAAAAAAGAAAACUUGCAACCGUUGUUUAGCAUCUUCUAGGAAGAUUUUAAGGGACCGUGCAGUAUCCGCUUUUGCAAGGUGGAUGUAUGACGCGGGCCUCCCUUUUAAUUGUGUUAAUUACACUGAGAGUUUUGGUGAAUUUAUUGAAGCAGUAGAGGCCAAUAUGGUCCAGGAAUGAAGCCCCCAACGUAUCAUGAAGUUAGAGUUCCUUGUCUAAAGAGCUGGAGAAAACAAAUAAGAUUGUUGAGGCUCAUAAGGUUCACCGGAAAAACUAUGGAUGUUCCAUUAUGAUGGAUAAAUGGACUGCCAAAAAUGGUAAUCAAUGUUUUGGUGAAUUCUCCGAUGGGGAAUGUAUUCCUUGAAUCUCAUGAUGCUAGUGACUUCUACUGAUGCUACUAAAAUGUUCAAAUUGUUUGAGAAUACAAUCUUGAAAAUUGGGAAGGAAAAUGUGGUGCAAGUUGUGACUGAUAAUGCAAGUGAGAAUAAGAAAGCGGGUGAAUUGUUGAAGGGAGUGUACCCGCAUAUUUUCUGGACUCUUGUGCUGCUCACUGUAUCAACUUAAUAUUUGGUGACAUUUUCAAGGAAGCCCCAUAUUCUACAGUUUUUGCUAAGGCUGUUAAGAUUCAUUCUUAUAUCAGUCAAAGGGCAUUAUUGUUGAACAUGAUGAGGACAUACACAAACCAAAGAAAUCUGAUAAAACCUGCGAAGACAAGGUUUGCAACAGCUUUUUUGACUUCGUAUAGCUUUUAUAUACAAAAGAAAAAUUUGGGAACCUUGUUCAUGCCAACUGAAUGGAAUGCGAGUAUCUAUGCAAAGGAAGCUUUUGGGAAAGAAGUUGCUACACACAUCAUUAGUCCAUCUUUUUGGAAUGACACUGUAAAAGCACUUAAAGUUGGUGGUCCUCUAGCUACCAUACUUCGUUUGGUGGAUGGAGAGAAAAACCACCUAUGGGCUACAUUUAUGAAGCCAUGGAUAGAGCAAAAGAAAAAUCCAAAAGGCAUUUGA